UGACGUUGGACGCGGGCUGCGUCACGUAGUAACACGUUCGGGGGGAACAAUGGAGGGAAGCCGGACCGUGUUUAUGGUUCCGGGUAGCGAUGGAAACGGGCGGCCAUUUCGUCCUGUGAUGGCCGGCGUUUGGCGCGGACAUUUCCUCCCCAGCCCGCUGAUAUGUUCCCCGGCGCUGAACUGCGUGGUGGCUUGAAAUGAACCCCAAAUAAAGGCCCUUUCUCACCCCUGUUCCACACCUCCUGCCUUCCCUGGUAUUAGCAGCCAUGCAUUUUGAAGGGUCCGCCAUCACCUCACCGCGACCCAGUACCGAGUGGCGGCGGUCGCUACCCUGGGCGGGAUAUUGAUGCUUUCCUACAGCUCCUGGGCUUCCCUUGGGUCCCCAGACGGUGUUUCGCCGAGGCUGCGUAUCGCCCCGCCGUCGGUAAAGCGGACGCGGGGCCUCCCUCACUUCGGAGAUGCGGCUGCUGGGACAGGGAGGCCGCUGGCGGCUGAGGCUCGGAGCGGCCAGGCUGCUGGGCGCGAACGCCGCCUUCGUCUCCCUCACCCUGCUGCUUUGGCUCACGGGGGCCGAGGAGGCCUGUUCUCUGAGUGCCGGCUCGGUGCUCGGCCGGCGCCAAGUGCACCGUUUACUGAGCUACUGCUUCUCUCAUGACAAUAUAUUUACUUUGCUUGUCAACAUUGCAUUGUUAGUUGUCCUGAGCAGCCGUCUGGAGGAACAAUUGGGUACCAUUAGAUACAUUUACCUCUCUGUCAUUUUUGCUGUCUUUUCUGCACUUCUUUAUCUGCUUUUGGGUAAACUAUUAAGUUUUGAAGAAACACCAGUGUGUGGUUUCACGACUGUUCAGUUUGCUAUGGUGACACUAAACUGCUGUAGUUCUGAAAUGAAACGGACCUUCACUGUAGCCGGAAUUAAUCCAGCAGCAGUACCUUGGAUACUCCUCCCAGUUGCGUACCUUGUUAUCCCAAGUUCAUCUGUACUUCUCCAUAUAUGUGGAGUUAUUGUUGGCUUGCUCUAUAGCUAUAGGUUUUUAUUUUGGUUGGAGUUGCCAGACUUUGUGGUGGAAUAUGUUGAAAGACUGGCUGUCUGUAGAUUUCUGCAACAUAAUUCCUGGAUUCCAUUUAUCUUCUCUCCAGCUCAAUAUCACCUUCCUGUUAGAAGUAAUACUGAGAGGUACCCUGUGGCUGAGGCCCACCAAACUCUCACAUCCUCACAGAUGCAUUUUACAGGCAUUGAUCAUUUUACAAAGGAAAACAAUAGCUGCAACAUUGAAAUAGAUUCUCAGUGGUCUGAGAUCUCCAACCAGAUAUUACCUCCUUCACAACCUAACACUGGAUCAAUGGAAGCCAGUAACUUCCAAGCAGAUUCUCAUAAUCCAUGUAGUUCUGACCAGCUGGAUCCUAGCCAUUGUCUCCCUGAAUUUUAUCACAUGAAUCCAGAUGACAUUUAUACUGCUGCUGCUUGUGGCCUUCUCACAGAUGACGAUCUUUUGCGUGCUAGCAUUGCUGCCUCCUUAAAAGAAUCUAGAAUGGAUCAGAACAGUAAACUGGAAGUACCCAAAUCUUCAGUGUCCUCUCUACGAUUACAGCAAUUACAGCAGAUGGGUUUUUCAACUGAAAAGGCUGUUUUAGCUCUAGCUGCUUCAGGAAAGGUGGAGGGUGCCAUCAACCUCCUGGUGGAAGACCAAGUUGGAGAGGAUGCCAUUGUGACAACAAAGGGUAAAGCGAUAUCCAGUUGACUAUCAGUGAUACUCCUAAAGAAUGAAGAAGUGUCUACAGAUUACUGAAAGAAGAUUUAAAUAUAGACAUUCUAUGCUAGUUUUGUCCGGGUCACAGUUCAGUCUUUUUUUUAAUAUAUAGAUUUGCAUUUAUCUACCACAAAAAUUGUUACUUAAAUAUCCACGCCCAGUGGUAAUUCUUUUUGAAUAAUAUGAUUAUCAGAGACCGUUACUGAAAUACAUAAAUGAAAAAAAAAUGGGGCAAGCAGGGAUUAUUUCAUUGUUUUGAAAUUAUUUUCUAGUAUUUAUGAAUCAGAUUAGAAGUAUAACGAUGUAUAAAUGGUUAAUUAUACAAAUCUAUAUAAACAUUUCUACACUAUUUCAGCAUAAAAUUGGUAUCUCACUGUUGGUUUGCAGUUAUUUAAUUUGCUAAUAAUGUUUGUUCACAUAAACUGUAUCCCAAAAGAUAUGACAGCUAAAAACUGGACAAAUUAGGAUCCUUCAGUUUAGAUAAAAAUGACACCAUUAGGAAGCAUUUUAAUUAAUUUUCAGGUGUUACUUCUGCUUCUAUGUAACACCUAAUGCAAAAAUCACAUGUUUCACUAAAUAAAUUAAUGAGGAGCAUUAAACACUGUACAAAGUAGUGAAUAGCCAAGAUCAAUCUGCGAAAAGAUGGUUGUAACCCUUUGUUGACUGCCUUAUUUUUCUGACCAUAGAAUUUGGUUUGGUUGGGCACAUGCUUGACUAGCAUGGCAACUCAUCAUCAAGCCAAAAAGUACUCAACAAAAUUAAUGAAAA